AUGGUGAACGCAUUCUCCUACUACGGUAUGGUGCUGUUUACGACUGUAUUGUUCCAAUCACACGAUGAAUGCCAUGGUGGACUCUUUUCGAAUGGAACGACAUUGAGUGAAUGUCAGCCACUGACUCAAAAAGAUUACUUGGAUCUACUGUGCGCCACGUUGGCAGAAUUCCCAGGCUUAAUCAUCACGGUAUUUAUUAUCGAGUGGCUAGGCAGAAAACGUACGAUGGCCGUGGAAUUCGCCGUGUUUUCGAUCUUCACUUAUCUAUUGUAUUUCUGUCUAGAUCGCUUUACCGUCACGACGUUUAUCUUCAUCGCGCGUGCGUUCAUAUCUGGCGCAUUCCAAUGUGCUUACGUCUACACCCCAGAGGUUUAUCCAACCACUUUGCGAGCUGUCGGUUUGGGAGCUUCUUCGGGGAUGGCAAGAGUUGGGGCGAUUUUGACACCAUUUGUGGCCCAGGUAGCAUCAGAACGUAGCUUGGCGCUACCAAUCGGAAUCUACGGUACCGCAGCACUUUGCGGGCUAAUAGCUGCCAUUUCAUUGCCAAUCGAAACGAAAGGACGCCAAAUGACGGAUAACCAC